CAAACUAAUACUAUAAUUUAUAUCAUUUCUUCCCUAUGCCCUCUUUUUACUCAAGAUGGCGGUGAUUCCACGUCCUAUGCUGCGAACUUUUUUGCUGUGCAUAUUUGGAGCUCUUGUAUUGUUUUUCAUAGCCAGAGAUUAUUUACAGUUUAAAACUCCAUUAUCAUAUUUUGCCUCGCGCCAAUUAACAGUUUACUUAAACCCAUCAGCUGCCACCAUACAUAAAAAUGGUACCAAAAGAGAAUUACUCCUUUUACAGAUGCUCUUCAGGCACGGACAUCGAGCACCUUUUAUGCUAUACCCUACAGAUCCAAACAAUGAAACUUUCUGGAAGGAAGGCUUGGGAACCUUGACGCGGCUGGGCCGAGUACAACAUUAUCGACUUGGAAGACAUCUUCAGGACAGAUAUAAAGAUUUCAUAACUACAAAUCCCAAGGAGGUUGAACUUGUGAGUGCAGAAUCUUCGAGGACACAACAUGGCGCUUACUCCUUCCUUGCUGGUUUAUAUUCUCCAAAGGAAGAGUUUCAGUUUACCAAUGAAUUACUCUGGCAACCCAUUAUCAGCAAGAAUUCUGGUAAAUAUAACAAUAUAUUGACAAGGAGCAAAUGCGAAAGACUUGAGAAGGAGUUCAAGGCUUUGAAGAAUUCGAAAUUAGCCAAUGACACGAGAGCUAGGUUUGAAGGUAUCUAUAAAUUUUGGUCUACGAUGUCUGGAAGAGUAAUUGACGAUUGGCAUUUAGCAAAUGAUUUGGGGAAAACGUUUGCUUGCGAGAAAAAAUACAAUUUAACUAUUCCUGAUUGGGCUUAUAAAUACUGGAAAGAGCUGCAAAUUCAAACAGCGCUCAAUUAUUAUUUUCACUAUGGAACAAAGGAAUUACUCAGGUAUCGUAUAGGACCUUUGAUAGGAUUUAUGGUUGAAAAAAUGAAAGACAGAAUAAAAAUGAACAGAGAAAAGCGUGUUUAUAUUUAUUCUGCGCAUGGUAGCUACAUUGCUCAGACCUUGAUGAUCUUAAAUCGCUAUAAUUGGCGUGAACCUCCACCAGCUUCAACGAUGGUUCUCGAAUUGUGGAAAGAAGAAGAUGAUUACACUAUACGAUGGCUUUAUUUCAAUUCAACAAGUCCAGAAAUACAUGUAGAGCCACCCUACAUAAUCCAUUUUGACAUAUGCGGAGAAUUCUGCUCUCUCUCCAAAUUCAUGGCGUACACGGAGCAAUUUAUACCUAAAAACUACACUGCUGAAUGCAACGAUACUAGCAAAGUGUUUAAAUCUUUAGACCUGAUAGCUGAUCCAACAACAGUACUUGGAUCCUGUUCUGGAAAAUUGCAGAUUUCACAUUUCAUUCUUACACUAAUAGUCAGUUAUUAUAGCAUAAAAAGGAUAUUUUAAUAAAUACUUAUUUUACUUUUC